UUUUUAUUGCAAAAGAUAACCCGAUUCGAACCUUCUUCAGGUGGAGUGUAAAUUUAAAGAUAGAUUACUAUAUAUUCUUAAUAUAUACGGAGUACGAGGAAUGGGUGCAUUGCAUGAGCAACUAGAUGAAGCCUUUGCUGAAAUUGAGAAGCUCGAAACAGAGAAUAAAAUCAAAGCAGAAUCAUGUGAGAGUUUCAAAAGAGCUUAUAAUGAGCAACUGAUCAAGUCUCAGACUUUAACUUCUGAACUGGCUAAGAUAACACUGUUGUUCAACACGAAAGUAGAAGAACUCUCUCUAUCAAAUCAAAGAUAUGAAGAGCUGAAGUCAAAUGUCAAAGAGAAAGAAUCUGCCAUAACACAUCUAAGUCUAGCCAAUGAUAGGCUUCGCACAGAUUCUGUCCAGAAGCUCAAGGAACUUGAAGAGGCCAACACAAGUAUAUCAAUGGCUUUAGAUGAGGCAAAUGCACGAAAUAUGGAUCAAGAACAAAAAAUUGAGUCUUUUAGAGAUGAAAUUGAAAGACUGAGGGAUUUGGCAACGGCUUCUGCGCAGAAAACUUCUUCUGAAGUCAAGAAAGGUAAAAAAGUCUAUAAUGAACUCAGACAGAAAGAUGAUGUGAUGUUGAAGCUAGAGCAGGAGAAUAUGAAGCUUGAAGAAGAGCUAAAAUGGAAGAAGGAAAAAUAUGACCUCCUAGUUCAGGCUCAUGAAAAGGUUAGGAAACAAUUCCAUCAAAAGGAGAAAGAAUGGAAACAGGAGAAAGACACAUUGUGUGAGGAGAUCUCGACUUUGCAAGUAAACUUAGAGUCCCAGUCAAGAUGUUCAGAAGACCUUCAAACCAGACUCCAUUUCUGCAAACAAGCUCUUGAUAGUGAAGAAAACAGGAGAAAAUCUAUGGAAGUUCAACUUUUAGAAUCUAAAACCUGGUUGGACAAUGUUUCUGCAGAAUAUGAGGAAGCCAAGUCAAGAAUUAUCAGCUUGAGCAAUCAAAGGGAUAAAGAAAUUGAAAAGCCAAGAGAAGCCUCAAGUCAAAAGGAUAAAAUAUACAAGGAGAUGGAUUACAAAUCCAGAAAGCUAGAACGAGAGAAUCAAGAGCUGAUGGCAUCUCUUAAAGAACUUCAAGAAGCUGGAAUCAAAGAAGCCGGAAUUUAUUCUUCAUCAUCUAAGCUCAAAAACAAAUUCAAGGCCAAAGAAGCUGAAUGGGCUUCUAAGUUAAAGAGCAAAGACAAUAUAAUAACCAUGCUUCAUGAAGAGCUACAAGCUUCCCAUUCUUUUGUGAAUUCAAUCGAAGAACAAAAGAUUCUAUUACAGAUAGAGGCUGAUAUACUCAAGGAAACACUCAAAGAAGCAAUGGAGCAGUUGGUUAGAACAAACAGUGAACUGCAAGAAGUAAAUAGUGAGCUCAAAGAAGCAAACGAAGAACUUGAGGAAAACUUCUACAAGUCAAAGGAAAUUGAGUUUGAGUUGCAGAUAUGGAGAUCUUUAGCGGAACGGCUAAAAUCCAGUCUGGAGGAAAACCACCAAAUGCGGAGAGAAGUGGAAGCUUCACUGUUUGAUCAGGUGGAUGUUGAGAUUGAACUGAGAAGGGACAGAGAAAGCCUCAUCCAGAUUCUAGCAGAGAAGGAAGAUGAAAUAAAUGAGCUCAAAGAGAAAAUAAAGAAAAGGGCGUUUCAGGAAACGUUUGAGUGGUUCGAAGAAGACUGGUUGAGGAAAGAACUUGAAAAGGCUAUUUUAACACAAGUAGAAGAAGAGAUGAACUGCAGAAGAAUAGAUGAUCUCCAGAAACUUGUGAGGACACUGGAAAUGGAGUUCCAGGAUUCAACCAGCAGCUUCUCGAGCAGACUUGUGGAUAUUCUGGAGACGACAGUCAAAGAGACAGUGGUGUCGAAAGAGAAAAAUGAUGGAAUCGCUUCAGACCUCGAAAGCAAUUUCGUUGUUUGCGGGAGCUUGAGGUCAAAGUUUGUGGGGGUGUCAGACAAGAUGCGCCAAAUGUGGAUGGAAGAUCUACAGCUGGGUAAGAAACUGGAAAGAAUUGUAGAGAAGAACAGCAGCAGAGGAGGAUUCGAUGAAUGGGCUAAUGAUCAUCCCAUGAAAGAGAACACUCACAGUCUUUCUCCAACUAAGACUGGUGAAGCUUCCAUAAUGCCUGAAGAGAGAUUGCCAUUGCGAACUAUCAACAACUAACUAAAUGGAGUUUGCUGUUACCAAAUACUCCGUAACACUAAAGGGGAGCAGCUCUCUUUACUUUGCAGCUUCCUGUCUUCUCAUCUUAUUUUUAAUCUAUUAUUACCUUUGGCAGUAGUGGUAGUAUAUAAGUUAAAAAUCACGCUUAUUCUUUUUUGUAUCUAUCAGUCUCACACAUUCCAGUCCUGUGUUUACUUAGUUUGAAGUAAAGUAUGUAACCACUUGAUUUGGGUACAAUUU